AGAACGUAUCCAUUCCUAGAAUCUUUACGAGUCGCCUUUUCGUCGACCCUUCCUGCCUUUUCCGCUCCACCCUAAUCAUUCUCAGGAGCUCGCAAGAGCGAAGAUUGGAUCGAUGUCCGGGACUGGACCGUUCACCCAGGAUUGGGAGCCCGUCGUGAUUCGCAAGAAGGCUCCCACCGCUGCGGCAAAGAAGGACGAGAAGGCCGUCAACGCCGCCCGUCGAAGCGGUGCUGAGAUCGAGACCGUCAAGAAGUCUAAUGCUGGUACGAACAAAGCUGCUUCUAGCGGCACGUCCCUGAACACGAGGAAACUUGACGAUGAAACAGAGAAUCUUUCUCAUGAGCGUGUGUCGACUGAACUGAAGAAGAACAUCAUGCAAGCUCGUCUGGCCAAGAAGUUGACCCAGGCUCAACUUGCACAGCUAAUCAAUGAGAAACCCCAAAUUAUCCAAGACUAUGAGUCCGGGAAGGCUAUUCCAAAUCAACAGAUCAUUACCAAACUGGAAAGGGUGCUCGGGACAAAACUCCGAGGCAAAAAAUAACGGAUGCCCAGCCCAGCAGCAUCCAACCUGUGAUCAGAAGUCUACGAGGAGGGUGUGUAAUAUGCUGCAUGUAGUUGUUCAUCUUCUAUUUCGUUUGUCAAAUGCAUGUGAUGUCCAAGUGUCUUGGCAUUCGGUACCGUUGCCAGUGAGUAUUAUGACGACCCAAGUUUCAAAUUGCGUUGAUCAAGUAAUGACUGUUAGUAUUUUCUUCUUGCCUUCA